UUUUUUUCUCCUUGCUUUUCCUCCUUCUGGGUCCGCUGCUUAAUUGGGAGCGAGGGAGGGUUGGGGAAGCUGCCAAGCGCGGGAGGGUUUGGGAGCGUGCGGCUCCGCUCCGGCCGGGGUAACGCCAGCCCCGGGGCCCCGCACACGUGCACCCGGCCUCGCUCUGCCCGCCUGUGAAAUGGGCACAAGGAGGAAAAGGGGCUGGGGGCCGUGCCGGGGGGAACGGGGCCGUCGCCGACCCUUUGGGGGCUCGGUCCCCUUCCUCCCCGCCGUGGUGCGUGGGAUGGGAGCAGCGUCGGGCUGGGGAUGGCGACACGCCCAGGUAAGUCCUUUCCCAUCUGGGCACGGGGUGUAGCUGCAGGAGGGUAAAUAAAGCGAUUAUUGUAUUACCUGGGAGCUGCGGCAACGCGGAGGCUCUUACAAGUGCGGACAGCUUCGGCGCUUGGCAGAGCCCGGGGACUUUGCUCGGCAGCAGCCCCCGGGGGCACCACGUGGGAACAAGUCCUUGGGGUGCCUGCUGGGGACCCCCUGGGGCACCCCAUCGCCAGGAGCUGGGGACGGGUGACACCGAGCUCAGUGCCAGCUUGGCACUCAAGCACCCAGCUUGGCUUCUCCUCCCGGCACAGGGGACACCCGUUUUGGGGGUGCCAAGGGGGUCGCGGCACCCCGCUGUCACCCCACCGGGGUGACCCAGAGGCUCGAGCUUUUUGCUGGAUCCUCAUCCAGGGGUUUCCUGGCUGGCGGCUCCAGCAGCUGCGCGGCCACUCCCCGCCACGGCUGCGCCCACUUCGCAGACGGGGAAACUGAGGCAGCGCGGGGGCCAAGGGGGGGGCCGGAGGCCGGCCCCGAGGCAGGUUUCCUUGCGGGAGCCCCUGCUGAGUCAGCCGGGGCUGGGGUGGGGCCUCGCUCCAGCAGCAGCGGGAGGAUAACGGGGAGGAAAUCACUUUGCAUAUUUGAUUAAAGCCCACAGGUCGUCACCGGGGCCGCUUGCGAAAUGUGGGAAUGCCACGGGGCGCCCCGCGGGGACGGGAGGCGGGGGAGCCCCGGCCGGGGGGCAGGUGAGGGGCGAGGGGGAGGCGAAGCGGGGAGACCCUCGCCUCGUGGGGUCGGUGCCGGGUUGGGGGGGAUCCCCGCGGGGUCGCUGAAGUCGCCUCUAUCCCGUCCCCCCCCCCCUCCCACAGGCGUCGUGCCCUUCGUGGCCCUGCUCCUGCUGCAGCGGAGGCCGGUGGCCGGCCGGGCGCUGCUGGUGAACGGCCCUGGCUGCCCCGGGAACAGCCUGUGCCGUGCCAACGUCCACGAGCAGACCCGCAAGCAGGUCGCCCUGCUCAACGCCACCGCCCAGGACCUCUUCAGCCUCUACCUGAAGUGCCAGGGCGAGCCGUUCAGCAGCGAGAGCGAGAAGCUCUGCAACCCCGGCGGCAUCUUCUUCCCGGCCUUCCACGUCAACCGGACGAGCGAGAAGAAGGAGGUGAUGGUGGCCAUGUACAAGCUCUUCGCCUUCCUCAACGCCUCGCUGGGGAACAUCACCCGCGACCAGGAGGAGCUCAACCCCACCGCCAAGGAGCUCCUGGACCGGCUCCACAACACCACCAAAACCACGCGGGGCCUCAUCUCCAACCUCACCUGCCUCCUCUGCAAGAACUACAACGUCUUCCAGGUGGACGUGAGCUACGGGGAGAGCAGCAAGGGCAAGAGCACCUUCAAGAAGAAGCAGCAGGGCUGCCAGGUGCUCAGGAAAUACGUGCAGGUCAUCGCCCAGGCGGCUCGCAUCCUGCUACCUCAUCUCAGCCCCGCGUGAGCCCCCCCGGACCCCAGCUCCUCUCGCCCCCGGGAAGGACAGCGGAGGGCACCUCCCCGCGCUGCCUUGCGCCCAUUUCACAGCACGGCAGAGCAAGACCCCCCCGAGAACUGCCUCCUCCUCACCUCUCGCCUUCCUAUUUAUUACCUCCUGCUGAUGCUGUGCCCUGGGCCCCCCCCUCUCCAUCCUCUCCAUGCUUUAAUUUAUUUGCUCCUUUGCAGCAGCGCUUCCCGCACGGAGCAGGGCCGAGGACCCUCCCGUCCACCCGAGGGUGCAGGCACCGCACGGGGCUGUGGGGCCGGACUCUGUCCCCUGCACCCCGGCGUCCCCUCCGCAGCACCACGGGGAAACGGGGCGUUCGGCCCCUUGGCUUGCAGCGCCUAGCAAAUUUUUUUGAAAAACAGAGAAAAGGUGACUCAAUUCUGCCUGUUGGCCUCCAGGGCCGACCAAAAGCCCCCGCUUCCACUGGAGAAAAGGAUGGGGGUCAGGGAGUGCAGGGCUUGCAUCCCCUUGUAGCUGUCAGGGCCACGGGGAUGCGCUCCCGCCGCAUGUUUUGGGGCUGGAUCCCUCUGAAAUGGGGCUGAACUGGGGGCACCUGCGGUGGCCAGGGCUGGGUCCCGCCACCUGGGAUGAGGCCACCCUCCGGGGAUGGUGGCCACGACACCAGGGAGCAUCCCACUGUUUUGGAAAAGCACUGGUUUCACGGGAAGGGUUUUGGGCACCUCCAAAUGUACGGCCCGGCCCGGGGCUGGGUUUUGCAUGGAUGGGGUUUUGGGGCUGGCAUGGGGACGCAGGGACGGACCCCGGGGCCGGGUGGCCAAGGGUAUUUAUUGGCACAGUGGAAAGCCUCGCGUGCGCCGAGCGCUAGGAGCUGACUUUUAAUAUUAUUGUUAAUAAUAAUAAUUAUUAAUAAGAUCUGUGGUAAUAUAUAUGUAUAGAAUUUUAUUUAAAUAUUUAUUUUUUUAUACUUUUACUCCUUUCUUUUUUAAAUAAAAGAA